AUGGAGACCGGCGCACCGUUGGUACGCUUCCGCCAGCUCUCCUUCACAUACGGAGACGGCGACGGCAGCUCGCUGCUGCACGUGUCGCAGCAGUGCUUUGCCGACUACAUCUGGGUUCUCGUCACGGAGGACGACACGUGUGCUCCCGGCGUGGUGCUGCGCUACGACCCGCAGGAGGCGGGCCCCAGCAGCAGCUGGGAGAGCGCAGACGCGCUGCCGUCGACGCCGUGCGAGUGUCUGUUGGGCUUGCGCGAUCACCCGCUCACGAAUGUCCUAGCGGGCGCCAUUGCGUACACGAUACAGCGCGAGGGCGAGCGGCGGCCGCUCCUGCUGUGCAUCAGUGUCACAAAGACAUCAAAGCGGCUACAGAGUGCGGCGGAUCGCAUGGCAUUCGUGCGGGAGGUGCGGGACAAACUGAUGUCACUCGCCACGGGAGAACAAGAAUGA